AAGUUCUGACGCGCACGAUAGAACUGUGGACUCUGGGCAUCGCUACAGAGGUGGUAGACUGCUAGGCGGGGGCUGGAGGCGAAGACAGACAAAUAUAUUUUAUGUUAUUAAUAAAACUGGUUACAAUGAAGCGCAGAAAGAUUGUGGUUGCGGCAGGCUUCUGCCUUGCCUUCUUCCUUGGUACACUGAUGAAUUUGCUGUAUAUACCAGGGUUUGAGCACCAUCAGAACCACGACCAUAGAGUACAUCGGUACUACCACGAAAAACAGCAGCAGGUUACAGACGAUUCACAGCUUCAAGUCGGCGAGUCAGUCACUGAAGUUGUGGCCGAGUCCAAUAGUAAACCUGCCGCAGGAAGCAGGCAUCACCAGGACCUUUUGCUGCAGAUACGAGAAAGAUUUGAUGAGGUUGUGCGGUACCGUCGGCGCCAAGCACAUGGGUCUGGCACCGGAGACCCAGUCCGCCCGCUGGAGAGACGGAGGCUCAUGGAUUCAGAGCCAGGGGACAAUUGGGACACUAUCAAAGUCAUUGAGCGAACCGAUAACCGACAGACGCAUUUUCAAAAUCGACUUAAACCAUCCACAUACAUGCACACAGCAUCACGGAAAGAUUUCACUAUGAAUUUGAGGAGCAUUAACGGUACACUGAUGCUUGGCUGCAGCAGCAUAGACAACGUGACCAAUGUUCAGUACCUCGGCUCAGGCUACACAAAGGCUGUCUACAAGGCGUCUCUCAACAACAGCUUGUCCGUGGCUCUGAAAUCGGUGGAUUUCGGGGGACACGAUAUGGAAAAUUGCGUAAAGAAAUAUGGAUCACCUGGAGACUGCUACACACUGGCGUCCUUCAAAAUAGUGAAAGAAAUGACGCUGAUGGAAAGGCUACAGCACCCCAACAUUCUAAAGGUAAUCUAUAUCUAGGCUAGCUAACAAAUUGAUGACGAAUGAUUACAAUUGUUUAUAUUAUAGAUCGGUGUCUUCUAGCCAUUUCUGUUGCACAAUUAUUUAUUGAGCUAUAGGCCAAGUAUCACACAUAGGCCUAUUUAAGAUGUAGCAUAUCCUUGUGUUUUUAUUGUCUAUUGCCUAAAGGCCUUUAUCGGAAAUCCAUUAAUUUAGUUAUAACUUGUAGCAGUGGCCCUUUAAAUCAUUUAAGUUUUACUUCAAAUUUAACCCAAUUUGUGCUCUUUAGCAGUAUCGAAGUGAAUUGCCAUUUUGCCUUAUACCAACAGCGAACCAUGAAUCAUUAUUUCCCUAAUGACUGAAUAACCAUAGAUGUGAAACUUUACAUUAAUUCUACUCUCAGCGUGUCAAAAGUGACACAUGGGUUGAACACUUUGGAAAUUGGUGUGUAUUCCAUUUCCACGAGAUUCCUUGAGAAAUCAGACCAGAGUGCAGUGAAAAGAAAAUAGCCAGUAUGAAAUAAGUGCAUGGUUGGCCUAUUAUUAAUAGUGCUAUUUGGAUGAUGUGCUGUCCUUUUAGUGGCUGAUUAAUAGUUUAUAGUUGAAUGAGCGCCAUCGCUUCAUUGUUACCCUGUCGAUUUUAAGCUGAUCUGCGGUUUGCUGGAUCUGCAUGGUGCAUGAGCCGGUGAGCGGUGAGACGCCCGAGGCUUCGCAGCAUUCUACCUUGUAUUUAUUUGCAUUUACACAACAGCUGUGGCGUAGCCUACCGAUACGCGGGUAAAUCAUAAUACAUUUUUGUAAAAAAGAAAGAAGGCAUUUUAAUUACGUUAUAUCAACAGCUCGUCUUUAAGCAGCUUGUCUAUAACGUCACCAAAAUAAAUGCAUGCAUGCGUAAAGGACGAUUUUACAAUUCAGACGGAGGAAGUAGCCUAGGGCAAAUGGCCUUAUCAAUAUCCACACUAAUAAAGCAUUUAUAAUCCAUAUAGGCCAACAAUGUAGGUCUACAAAUGGUUAUGCCUGUACACGUAUCCCUAGAUCUAUGCAUAAGAACAACAGUUGCAAGCCUAUACUGACGCAUGUCACAUUUUCCAAUAUAGGGCCUAUAUUUGAAGAACGUUCUUCUAAUGUUUCACAUGUUAGGCUACUGCUUGAGAAAACAUAUAUGGCCUUGAGGUACUGGUCACAGUGGCAUUUCUAGGCUACAGCAUAUAGUCCUAAAUCUGUGCUUUACUGUAAUAUGCACCGCACGAGGCCCAAUUAAAAUAUCCAAACAACAGCAAUCCAAACGACGUCGUUGAGGGCAUUUCAUGACUUCAUUGCAACUGUUGCUGGAUGCAUAGAUAAAUAGCCAUCAAACCAGAGAAAAACGUGCCGUUUUGUUUUGAAAUAAAGUGUAGGGUGGUUAUUAUAACCUAAUAAAAAUUAGGUAGGCUAAUUUAAGGUAAAACAAAUAGUUGCACUUUAACCAAGUAAAAAGUGGCAUGUUUUCAAGAUAGACCUACUGUUUUAUAGGAUGGUACAACAGAACCAAGACAGUAGCCAAAUAGUCUAUACAGAACAUUUAUUAAAAUACAAUAUACGUAAUCAAUUAUGCUCCCUAAAAUCAUUUUCAGGACAAUAUUAUAAGUUUGUGAUCUUUUGAUCAGAAUUGCUGUACAUAAGUAUUUUGUUAGCACAUUCGAACUGGAAGUUAUCUGUUAAAGCCAAAUGUGUCAUACAUAUUUUGAAUCACUUCUAUCAGCCUUUAUCUUUUUGAUUACAUGGUGAAUGUAGAAACAUUUUAAGAACAAUACCCUAGCCUAGGAUAUAAGGGAAUAUCUGGCCCAUAAUAAAGUUAUUUACCCAGUAUGACAAUUUAGAGUUAGUUUACAUUAUUAUCAAGAUUUAAAUUCCACAUAAGAAAACAAAUAUCACACCCUUAUAAAAUUUGUAUUAUUGUAAAGCACAUAUAAUUGUCAAACAAUGUUAAACCCACAUUAACCUUGAAUUAAAAUACAACAUUAAUAUAGAAAUCAUUUUUUGUUGUUGUUGACAUGUAUAGACUUUAGUAAGGCUAUGAGGAGUUAGGCCUAUGCCACAUUUUGUAACUUAUUUUAAUCUAUGACUUAAAAUGUAUAACUAACUGGGUGUCUUUCAAUUGAUUUACAUUCAAUAAUUGGGAUAGUUCACAUUAUUAACUCAUCUCAAAACUCUCCUUAAAUUUGAUGGCCAAGCUAUAACUUUAACCAGAAUUAUUUUUUUUGAAAACUGCAUUGAAAAGGGGACUACAUGUUACUACAGCAUGUUAAUACAUUUGGACUGUUUCUAAUGUUUUACUUGGUUUAUUCAUCAAUAGGAAGUUAUUUUCGUUAUAGAAGUUCUGUUGUGGAGACAGGGGGGAGUAGAGCCCAAUAUAGUAGCGGUCCAUCUCUCAUCGCUCACUUACUAGUCCAUGUUGUGAUAGGUACAGAUUUACAUGAAUAUUGACUGUAGCACUGGAGUGUGUUUUUAUUUUUAUUUAUUUGUUUUUUUUUGUAAUACUGGAAUCUUGGUUUGUGUGUCCACUCAGACUUCUCUGUCCAUCACGGUGUAACACACACACACACACACACACACACACACACACACACACACACACACACACACACACACACACACACACACACACACACACACACACACACACACACACGGCCUAUACACACGUACACGCUAGCAUUUGUGUGACUGGAAAGUGCACUUUGGCUAUCCCACUCUAUCAUCGUUGUCAUAAGCGAAUAAUACCAAGAUGAUUUAUUUCAGGAUAAACAUAAAAACGAACAAAAUUCAUUUUCUGGCAUGGAAGCUACAUUGAGGGAUUACAGGAAUUGCUUUAGAAAAUGUUAACAUAAACUGGAAAUGGUAUGGAAUUUCUCUCUCUAAUCAUAGGGAAAAUAUUAUUUCUUUUUCAUUCCUCUAUGAACAUGAGCACACCGGCCUUAAGGCUAAUACAUGCACUUUUUUUGUGCACCAGGAAAAAUGCCUGAAUGACUUCUAGGGUAAAGUUUACUGACAUGCUCCACUAGCCAUAGAAAGAAUAAAUCACAAGAAUAAACAAUAUAUUAACUUUAAAACUGAAUUACAGCAAUAUCUCCAUUACUAAAACAAAUGUUUAUUUUAGCUGGCUUAGGUCGAUAUUAAUUUGACUUACUAGAAUCAUAACUUGAGAUCUGUAUGUAUAACAAUAUUUUUCACGUAAAUCUCCCAUUGACAUCAAUGCAUCAUUUACCCAAAAAUUGUGCAAAGUAACAACUGGUUGAUUGCAAGUAAACGUUUUAGUAUGUUUAGCAUCCCAAAGAGUAUUUCAUGUCCAGCUCUGCUGAUCUAAUAUAUCCUGUUAGAGUGAUGAAGUCUGGCUCUGUCCUGGCAACACAGCCAACAGCACACUGUCUGGUUAGUGUCUGCCUCUGGCAAGUCCCUCAGCAUGAGAGGAGCGACAGAGGCCCGUGCUCUCUCACUGGAGAGAGUGGGAUCUUAUUGGACAGUCACCCCUUAAACUACCACAAAUGGAGUCAGAGGUAGAAACCAAAGCAGUUCAUCACUGUUCUCCUAACUCAGCACACUUUUGGUGUCAAUAGCCAUGUUGACUGAUACUGCUUGUCCAGGAUAGAUGGGGUACGCUCCUGUGGAGAGAAGAGGAGAAGUGGGCGACUGACUGAGAGGUCGAGGUGGAUUGUGGACACAUGUUUUCACACCAGCACGCACGGCAGGCGCGGUCCACCUUUCUCUGCCCUCAUCCAUGUUAGAACGAGUGUGAACAAUAUGAAUUUGAGCUGAUCAGUGAAGGAGAUAACAAGAGGGGCUGCUUGCCUGCUUGGGGGCUGACUGUGUGUGGGAUGGAGGGAAUGUGGCUCAGUUGGUAGAGCAUGACGCUUGCAACACCAUGGUUGUGGGUUCGAUUCCCACGGCGGACCAGUAUGAAAAAAAAAGUAUGAACAUGUAUGCACUCACUUCUGUAAGUCCCUCUGGAUAAGAGUGUCUACAUAAUGACAUUAAUGUAAAAUGAGAGGGACGUGGAAGGUUAAGGGUCACCCUUCAGAGAAAGUGUAUGUGGUGGAUACAGAUGAUCUGAGAGUGGUGGGACCUCUGGGCUGCUGCCGGAGUCUGGGCCUGUUUCUGGCUGUGGAGUUGGAUGAUGUUUACACAAGCGUGUCAUUCUGCCAGCCUCUCCCUCUCUCCCCCAGGGCCUGCUCAGUAGAUCUCCUCCAUUAGUUGGAGAAUCAGUAACCAGGUUGUGUUAAUGUGAAAGCUGGGUGUCUGUGGGCCUUGGGGUCAGUUUGACGAUGAGGGGACUGGAGACAGAGUUGCAAUUAAGCCAGGGUUAACACUUUAACCUCCGACUUCCACGGGAAGGAAGCUGGGGGAAAAAAGAGAAUGCCAGAGAAAUGUGGUCCCAGGCCUGCCCUGCCUCUCUAAGCCCUCAGCCCUGUUUCUGAUCAACCCCUACCCUGGGUCUAUUGGGGCUCUGCAGCCCCCACACUCUGCAGGGAGAGAAGGGUGCCCUCAUGACCCCCAGAACCCCAGGCCCUCACCACAUAAACAUAGGUCAUUUCUGCUGCUCUUCUUGCUCUGAAACUUUCCAAGAAUAUACAAUACAUGCAUGUCAUCACUUCUAAGUAAUAGAUAAAGAAAGUCAAGGAAAGUACCAUUUUGAAGUUGAAUAUGGGCUGUUGUGCAUGUGCUCACAGAACAUAAAAAAUCCCAGUUUUAAUAGAAAAACAUUAACAAUUAUUUGAUCGGAUAAAGUUAGAUUUUUGUGAAACAUUAUUUGAUAGGGCCAGCGAGUCUCCCACAUCAUUUGCAUUAGUUAAAGCUCUGUAACUUCUUCCUUUUAUUUCACUCUGAGAACAUGCUCAGGUCCUGUUAACUGGUAAUCUGAAUGUCAGGUUGGUAUUGAUUUGAGCCUGGAGAAACCCUGUGAUGUGUUUAAGGAGGAAAUGAGAAGAUGAAUAUCACUCCAGAGUAUUGGAGUAAAUUAUUUCUGCAAAACUUGUGUGCAGCCCUCUCCCCCGACACAGUUUGAAAUGUUGUUUAUUUUACUGAGCGGUUGGAGAAAACAAGUUGAUGAGAGUUCUAACUCAACAAACUUGUUUCUGUUUCCAUAUGCUUCCUUCCCUAUUUCGUUGAGAUGUAAGGCACCAAAUUCAGCAAAAACAAUAAUUCUGUACAUUUUACAGUCAUCCAAAAAGCACUAAGUUAGCAGUCAUACAUAUUUUUCUACCUGAACGCUCGCUCCCAGACUAUGUAAUAAACGGAGUGUGUAAUCAUCGAAACUCAAAACUUUUAAACCCCUUUAUGCACCCAAACUUACGGUUUAAACAAUUUCACCCUCCUCUAUUUAAUGCAUUAUGAGACUCAAAUCCAUCUAAUGUACUAGGAUCAAUUCACAUGGAAAAGGAAAAUGACAGAGGGUUUUCUGCCAGUUGCACUUGGUCCAAGUGUCUGAUUAAAACAAGGCAUACCAAAUUCAACCAUUAAUGUCAUUCGAUACACACACACAACGGACACGCACGCACGCACGCACGCACGCACGCACGCACACACACACACACACACACACACACACACAUGCUUACACACAGGAGCACUAAGUUAAACCCAUACACUGUACAUGAAUUCACUUCAAACAUGCAUUUCAUAAAAUUUCAUGAAUAAUAGUUCAAAGUAUGUUACUUAAUACCUGAUUUGUGAGUGAAAUUAAAAGCUCUACUUUUUUAUUGGGCUUACCUCCUCUGGGCUUACAGUAAGUCCCCACCCAGUCCAUAGCAGUGAUCCAGAGAGAAUCUGGUUGGUAUGAUAGAGGUGUUCUUGUUUGACUGACACUCAGUCCUGCUGUGACCCUGUCCAACAGAAGAGCAGCAGUGUGCUCUGGGCUCUGGCAGAUGCUGGGGAUUUCAUCUCUGGACAAACAUGUCCACCCCGGGGCCGGUUUGAUCGGGGGCCAGGAGGCCUUCGUUAAAGAGAGUGUGGUGACUGGGUUAACUACCCUGCCGACCCCCGCGUUUAUUUACACAUUAAUAAUGUCCCACACAGAAAUGCUUUUGUGGAGCACUGGUGCGUUGGCAUAUUAUGACGCGCAUAGCAUAUGUUCUUGACUAUUUCGUCUGCUUCUCGAGCAGGGCAACUGUUCCAGCAUCAGCAGCCCCUCUUGGCUGCUAUACCCAUCUCACUCUGACUGCCACCCGGCUACCCGGCCUCACCUCAAGCAGAACCUGCAUGGAUUCAUUCUCUUUGUCCAUCUUCAACUCUCAGCAUUAUUAACCGGUCUCAGUUGAAAUGCACAUUCCCACUACCCUACAUUUAGUUUAGUAAGAAUAGAGAGACCUUCCUUCCUUCAACUCACUUCUUGUGUGUACAGCCAACUGGCCAGUUGUGUCUGUGGCCCUGGCCCUCUGUCCCCUCUCUGUUCCUGGUGAGGCCAUGCCGUGCUAUGGCAUGCUGACUCACUCCUGCCUCUGGCCAGGAAAGGGGUGAACUGCCAGGGGAUUGGCCUACUAGGCUUGGUUCCUAAUGUGCCUGCCUUUUCACACUUACCUCACCUCAGAGUUUCUCAGCCUUUACACUAAGGCCACGCUCUCUCAUACUCUAUAUACACCCAUCCAAAGAUGCACUUAGAUAAACCUCUAUGUCCAGACGAAACAGAGACAUAUCAAAACCUGAACUCAGAAUAGCACCAUAGAUUCUGAACUCAGAACAACACUCACAACAGAACUCACAACAGAACUGUUCAGAAUCCUGUUGCUAAAAUAUAUAAAUACAUUUGCACAGAUAAACAUUUCUCUGAAACAUUUAAAUGAUGUCAUGCCUUUCUCAGUAAAAAGACAUUAACAAACCACCGAGGUGAGUGACCUCUGAACCCCAGUCAGACAAAAUGGCACCAGAUUCAGAGCAAACACAAACACUGCCCCAGCAUGCGUACAGCUGCUAUCUCACUCCCCAGCAGCCUUAGCUGCCGAUGAGUCUAGUCUGCCAUGGAGGGAAAACACUGCCCUGAUGCAGUCGUGUUCGCACAAGAAUGCCUCCGCUGCACACAAUACCAACAACUGCAGCACUGGCUGCAGACAUGGUGCAUACACACAACCUGGAGAUGGUGUGUGAUGAUAAUAGUCAUUACUGUGAAUUCAAUCUCAGAUAACAAAACUUUCCGUACACUCCCACCCCUGGGAAAGCUUCUCUGGCAUUGCCAAGGGCAAUCUCACACACAUGCACGCGUCCGCACGCACACACACACACACACACACACACACACACACACACACACACACACACACACACACACACACACACACACACACACACACACACACACACACACACACACACACACACACACACACACACACACACACACACACACACACACACUAAUGAUGCACACUUACUCCAAAAAAAGGUGUUAGUUCUGUAUUGAUGACCCUAUAUAAAAAAAAAAACAUUAUUCUUUUGCUGCAAAAAUGCGCUUUGGAUUCACGUACUCAACAGAACAAUUUUUACAGAGAGAAAUAAAGCGACUAUACAACACUCGAAAACUCAACUCAACUGAACUCAAUUCAUACAUGCAUUCUCACUGCACAAGGAACAUGUUGAAUUGAACUUAUCCUGAAGGCCUGAUUAAAGCUCUAUAAGUGCAGUCUUCUUCAUGUGUUUCUCAUGCCGCACCCAGUGGUGGGGUGAGGGGGCACUCUGCCAGCCUUGCCCACAGGCCCCUCCUCUCCUCCCACAAGGUUGGCACCCACUGGGCACCUCACAUUUCCCAUCACACACCACUGCUAUAAAUGUCUCUGCAUCACUCUUCACAGACACACCCAAACUGCUGACAAACAGUAGUCAGCCUCAGAGAGUAUGAAGCCUCUACUACUUUACUCUCAGACAUGCUACAUUCUCACAUUAUUAACUUGUAAAGCCUUUAUUAACCUAAAAACAACAUGCAAUGCCACCUUCUCUGUUUUGCAUAGUCAGUGUUUUCCCUGGUGGUAUGGUUGACAGCGAUAUUGGUUGUUAUGCUUUUAGAUUUAAUUUCAUGCCCACUUAUUUUAACUAGUUCUUCUGGCACAAAUUAUCUUACACAAAUGUUUCUGCAAGCAAAGGACCAGCAUCUCUAGGAGGCACUUACCAUAGUAACAAAGAGGAGAGUAAACUACUACAAUCGACCCAAAUAAACAUUAAUGAGUACCAACGCUCUCGCAUGUCUCAUUGCAUUUUCAUUUAAAAACAUCAGAAUGCAUGCAACCAACAACAGUAAUUCAAUCUUCUGAUUGAGAUUGUUUGUCAUUGACCGCUCAGAUUUACACAGUGUACAAAACAUUAGGAACACCUUCUCUUUUCAUGAUGACAUAGACUGAUCAGUUGAAUCCAGGUGAAAGCUAUGCUCCCUUAUUGAUGUCACUUGUUAAAUCCACUUCAAUCAGUGUAGAUGAAGGGGAGGAAGCAGGUUAAAGAAGGAUUUUUAAGCCUUGAAACAAUUGAGACAUGGAUUGUGUAUGUGUGCCAUUCAGAGGGUGAAUGGGCAAGAAAAAAUAUUUAAGUACCUUUGAACGGGGUAUAGUAGUAGGUGCCAGGUGCACCGGUUUGAGUGUGUCAAGAACUGCAAUGCUGCUGGGUUUUUCAUGCUCAACAGUUUCCCGUGUGUAUCUAGAAUGGUCCACCACCGAAAGGACAUCCAACAAACUUGACACAACUGUGGGAAGCAUUGGAGUCAACUUGGGCCAGCAUCCCUGUGGAAUGCUUUCGACACCUUGUAGAGUCGAUGACAGGCUGUUCUGAAGGCAAAACAGGGUGCAACUCAAAAUUAGGAAGGUGUUCCUAAUGUUUUGUACACUCAGUGUAUAUCGUGUGUAUAAGAUGAAGAACCAGUGUUUCUCUGUGUCCCCUCCAGUUGUAUGGGUACUGCUACCAGGAAAGCAAUGACAUCCAGGACACGGUGACUGCCAUCACAGAGCUGGGAAGUCCUCUGGAGAUGAUCCAACUACUGCAGACCUCCUGGGAGGAACGCUUCAGGGUGAGUGUUGGUGGACAACACACACACAUUUCACUUAAACACAGACCCUCACUUAAAGCACUACUUACAACAGUGUUUUAAUCGAAUGCUACAUUGACAUUAUCACUAUCUUGUGAACGUCUUGUGAUUUUCUCUCUCUCACUGAACAGAGUGCAACAUGUAUGAGUCAGCAGAAUAGGCUGAAUGCUGGUUGGGUUUACUGAGGGACUGAGGGUGGAUCACAUGCAUAAGUGGAUACUAAGGCCUUACUGAGCCCCCUGUGACUCAAACCCAUUACAGGCUGUCUCAGAGUGUAGAGCGAAUUGGCUGAAGCAUGAGCUUGGUUAACCUGGUUUAUAGGGACACUACUGGUAUAGCGGAUGGUAUUUCCAGAGCCAGAGCCCUUCUCUUGCCCAGUUUCCUGCCUCCCUAGCUGGGUAGCAUGGACCUGUGUGCCACUGGGCCGCUGGGGCCUCUGGGCCGGGUCUGCCGAUCACUAUCACCACAGAGCCACAAUCUAAUUAUUUCCUAUUGCUUCCUGUGGCUGGGGAGUGCCCACCCGCCUGCCGCACAGAGGAUGAAAGAGCUUCGGUGCAUGAAAUCACCAGCAAGUGCUCUCUUCCUCUUUUCUCUCUCUCCCCUCCUUCCUUUUCUUCCUUUUUCCCUUUCUUCCUUUCCUCACUGGCAAGACUGGAGGAGAUUCACUGAGACAGUCAGCUCUUCUACUGAGAGAUCCUUCAACACAAAUGUUUUGUGAUGAUGAAUACAGGGUGGGAAAUCUAAUUUGAGAUUGUUAUCAAAUUUCAAAUCAACCUAUAGCUAUAGGCACAUAUGGAUCAGAAAAGGAAUGGAUAGAUAUAUAUAUAUAUAUAAAAAAAAAACAUAGUAAUAGCUUCACAAUGCCCUCUGAUAGGCCUUGGGCUUCCUUAAGUGCCUUGAGCUUUAAUAUAAUUUACAUCUAUAGAAUCAUUUCAGAUGUGUAGAAGUGCCUGGGGGGUAGGGGUUAGGGUGUAGGGGCUAGGGGCAGGUUGGGAAUUGGGCAUGGGGUAGUUAGUUAAAGAGUUCCCAGUGUAACCAUUGACACAUGCACAGCUCAACGCGUCCUUGGAUGUGUGAUCACUGUCAUUUAUAACACUACACACUAUGCCUAUCUACAUGUCAUCACACUAGUCUAUGACCUCCUAAAGCAUCAUUUGUUUAAUCCCUUAAUCAACACUGUAUUUGUCAUGGAGAGGCGGCCUUUAACCAAAGUCAGAGCUCCCUCACGGAGCUUCAAAGUGUAGUUAGCCACACAAAAUACAUCAGCCAGUGGAGGCUCAUCAGAGGAGGAAGGGGAGGACCAUCCUCCUCAGUAAAUUUGAUAAAUAUAAAAAUAGUGAAACAUUAAAAAAGUUAUCCUUUUUAGAUAGAACUAUACUAAAUAUAUUCACGGCACCAAAUAAUUGAUUAAAACAAUCUGUUUCGCAAUGAAGGUCUACAGUAGCCUCAACAGCAUUCUCUGGGGUAGCACCAUGGUAUAGCCGGAGGACAGCUAGUUUCCGUCCUCUGGGAACAUUGACUUCAAUACAAAACCUAGGAGGCUCAUGGUUUUCACCCCCUUCCAUAGACUUACACAGUAAUUAUGACAACUUCCGGAGGACGUCCUCCAACCUAUCAGAGCUCUUGCAGCAUGAACUGACAUGUUGUCCACCCAAUCAAAGGAUCAAAGAAUGAAUCUAGUACUGAAAGCAUAAUCUACAGCUAGCUAGCAUUGGAGUGCAUAACAUGUGGUGAGUAGUUGACUCAAAGAGAGCGAAAGACAAUAGUUGAACAGUUUUGAAUGAAUGAAUUUAUUCAAAAAUGAAGGAGAAGCAAGAGAGAGAGAGAGAGAGAGAGUUAUAUUUGGUAUUUUUUCACUUUCAAUUUCACUUACUUAGCUAGCGAAUGCAGCUAGCUAGUUUAGCCUACUCAAACACCCAGCUCAAACAGAGAGUGAUGCUAUGUUAGCUAGCUGGCUAUGGCUAUCCAACGCUGGAACUCUUCCAAGUCAUGGUAAGCUUUUGAUUUUAUUAAUUUAUUGCCACCAGGCCCUGCCGGUGUAACUGCUAAACUGCUUGCUAGACACUGUACAGCACGGUUGUAGCGAGUUUACUAAUGCGUUAGUUAUAGUAGCUAUGUUGACUAUAAUGUUAGCUAAUAUGCUGACAACGAUGUAGGCUGUGUGUAGCAGUUAGGUUAUGGUAUGAAGGUUUGGCUUGGAAUUUUUUUUUUGCCUGGUCACAGACAGCUUUUGUGUUGUGCACUGAAGUCCACAAGCGAAGGGAAAAGGUGAGAUGAGGAGAGUGCGUAGAUGCAAGAAGGAAUUAUAUAAUGAGCAAAGUGAUUAUGGUGUUUGUAAGUGUUAUGAAGGUUUGGCGUGGAAAGGUUUCUAUGAAAGUGAACUGCGUUUGCGGAUGAUCAGGGGUGUAUUUAUUCCGCCUAUUUCUUUGAAAAAACAUUUCUUAAAUGGAAGCAAACAGAACAAAACGGGGAUAAACAUACCUGAAUUUGUCCAAUAGAAACUCUUGUUUGCAACUUUUGGACAAAUCAUUACACACCCUAGAUCAUCUAGAUGCAGGCAAGAGUAUGCAAGGUGGUAUUGAAUGUGUCACUGUCUGUCACCUUACUCAAAUUUUUAUCUCAACCUGAUAGGUUGUAGCAACCUCAUGAUGGGUAUAGGGAAAAUUUGAGUAUCAUGUAGUAGCCUAAACCUAUCGAUGUUACGUUGAGCUGGUUGAAUGGAAUAUGAAUAACAGUCAUCCAAUAUGCUGUAGCUAAUAGAAAUAAGUACAUGCUCAUCUUAAAAGGCACCGACCGCCACUGACAUCAGCCAUCUGGUAAAUAAAUAGAUUGAGGUAACUUUCCACUUUGAUGUCCUGGGCCUUCAUGCAGCAUCAGUCUGUGCUGUGUGUGUUCAUGCAGCAUCAGUGUGUGCUGUGUGUGUUCAUGCUGCAUCAGUGUGUGCUGUGUGUGUUCAUGCAGCAUCAGUCUGUGCUGUGUGUGUUCAUGCAGCAUCAGUGUGUGCUGUGUGUGUUUAUGCAGCAUCAGUGUGUGCUGUGUGUGUUCAUGCAGCAUCAGUGUGUGCUGUGUGUGUUCAUGCAGCAUCAGUCUGUGCUGUGUGUGUUCAUGCAGCAUCACUCUGUGCUGUGUGUGUUCAUGCAGCAUCAGUGUGUGCUGUGUGUGUUCAUGCAGCAUCAGUGUGUGCUGUGUGUGUUCAUGCAGCAUCAGUGUGUGCUGUGUGUGUUCAUGCAGCAUCAGGGUGUGCUGUGUGUCUUCAUGCAGCAUCAGUGUGUGCUGUGUGUGUUCAUGCAGCAUCAGUGUGUGCUGUGUGUUCAUGCAGCAUCAGUCUGUGCUGUGUGUGUUCAUGCAGCAUCAGUCUGUGCUGUGUGUGUUCAUGCAGCAUCAGUGUGUGCUGUGUCUGUUCAUGCAGCAUCAGUCUGUGCUGUGUGUGUUCAUGCAGCAUCAGUCUGUGCUGUUUUUUGGUUGCUCCUUUGUUUCCCCACAACAUAAGCGUCAGGUCUCCCUCCCUUCUCACCCAAGAUCCUUCCCUUGAAAUGUGGAGUGUGAAAUGAAAGAAAAAUAUGCUUUUUCUCUGAGCAUUUGCAAUUCGUAUGAGGCAUUAAUAGACUCUAGGGAGGCGCGCUGUAAACCCACUGAAUUUGAAAUGCUCCAUUUAGGUCUGUAACCAUUUCCUGUGAGCGUUGACAAAGGCUUUGAUGGCCCUGGCCUGCAGCCCCUGUCAGUGAGAGACACACCCAUAUCCCCUUCAAACCCUCCCUCCAGUCUGUCUGUCAACCUUCACGUCAGGCUCAUUUACAUUUACAUUUAUGGAAAUUAUAAAUUAUAGAUACAUUCAAUCAAACCUGUAUUGCAUAUUUACAAUACGCAGUAUGGUCAAAUAGAAUGACAGAAUAGUUAGGGUACUUUAAAAACCUAUGGCUAUCAAUCAAAUCAAUCAAAAAAAUGACCCAGCAUUUACAGGGGCAAUCAGCAGUUGAAACAACAACAAAGCUAAUUCCCCGCCACUGUUUCAGUAAAAAGCUGAGGGAUGGGGCUGGAGAAAUGUAACCACUCUCAAAUUCAUAGACAGAGCUAUGGAUGAAAGGACUGACCAUCCAUGAUAUCAACCUUAUAGUUUUUACGAUGUUUUGAGGCUGUACAGUGUUUCAAAAAAUAUUUACUUUGUUUAUAUUUGGGUUCUGUUGGGUUACUACAGCUGAACUAAGCUCAUAAGGAAUUUAUGAGUUACACUACCAGUCAAAAGUUUGGACACACCUACUCAUUCAAGAUUUUUCUUUAUUUGUACUAUUUUUUACAUUGUAGAAUAAUAGUGAAGACAUCAACACUAUGAAAUAACACAUAUGGAAUCAUGUAGUAACCAAAAAAGUGUUAAACAAAUCUGUCAUCAAGGCAAAGGGUGGCUAUUUGAAGAAUCUCAAAUAUAAAAUAUAUUUUGAUUUGUUUAACACUUUUUUUGGUUACUAUGUGAUUCCAUAUGUGUUAUUUCAUAGUUUUGAUGUCUUCGCUAUUAUUCUACAAUGUAGAAAAUAGUAAAAAUAAAGAAAAACCCUUGAAGGAGUAGGUGUGUCCAGACUUUUGACUGGUACUGUAUAUUUUUCAAGAAUAAAUGGGUACAUAUCAUUAAUUUAUAAGUUAAAAAAUUGAUGUAGCAACUGUAGAUUGCCCAUUUAAGCAUAGUAUGACAUAGUAUUGCAUUCCUCCAGCACUACUCUCACUUCACUAGGAUAAGAAAGAGACUCCAGGCCCUAACUCACGCCUCAGUGCUCUGUGUCUGACCUCUCCCACUCACUCUUAAUCCACAGUACAUUAAAAACAGCUUUUGUCUCGCUUGAAAAGAAAUGAGCUGUUCAGCACCUCCUCCUCUCCUCCUUUCUCUCUCUGUCUCACUCCCACUCUCUACUCUUGGGAACGUAGAUGUUUGGUUUAUAGUCUGUGUACUAUAGGUGUCUGUUCCCCCUUUCACGUGUUCUCUAGCCCCUUUCACGCUUCCUCUUGCCCCUCUCAGCCCUUACCCUCGACCCCUUGACACACACAAUGGGAGAGGGACACACGCAUACACAUAAACACCAACACUCAAGUAGUUCUCUCAGGGAUUUAUGAGUGUUCAAAGAGGAAAUGGGGGGGGGGGUUGCUCCCAGUCAACCCCAAAGAGAACAAUGCAGUGGAAAAGAGAACAAUGCAAUGGAAAAGAGAUGGAAUAGAGAGAUGGAAUCAGGGAAAUAGUGACAGACUGACUCAUCUCCACUGUCAAUACUCUUAUCUGCUACAGAAUUACACUAAAACCCUUCCAACCUUCCAAUUUCAGGGCGGAUACUCUAACUGGACUGUUUAAGAUAAGGGCUCCACAUUUGGCACAGAAGUAGAUUCAUGUACCCUGAACAGAUUUUGAUAUGGAGCCACCAUUCUCUCUCUCUUAAUUCAACUGAACUCAAUUCAAAGGGGCUUUAUUGGCAUGGGAAACAUAUGUUUACAUGACCAAAGCAAGUGAAAAUAAAUAAACAAAAGUGAAAUAAACUAUCAGAAAUUAACAGUAAACAUCUCUCUCUCUCUCUCUCUCUCUCUCUCUCUCUCUGCUGUAGAUCUGUCUGAGUCUGGUGCGUCUGCUCCACUACCUGGCCCACUCCCCUCUGGGCUCUGUCACCCUGCUGGACUUCAGGCCUCGCCAGUUUGUCCUGGUGGCGGGGGAGCUCAAAGUAACAGACCUGGACGACGCCAGCACAGAGGAGGCCCCCUGCUACCCCUCUGACUGCGUCAUGGAGUUUCCCGCCCGCAACUUCACACUCCCCUGCAGCAGAGGGCGCUGCCUGGGCAUUAACGAGAAGCGCAACCUCUACAAUGCCUACAGGUGAGGAGGAGCAAGACCUCUGCCAUGUUAAAGGAUAAUCUCAUUAUUUCAUUGGAGGCUGGUGGGGAGGGAGAAAUCGGAGGGUGGGUUGGGUUAAUAGCAUUUCAGCCAUGAUUUAAAGGGACAUCAGCAUCCACUGAAUUAGUUACAUCACAGUAUGAUGAGAGUGGUUCUGUUGAAGUCAAUCAAAUUCAAUCAAAUGUAUUUUAUAAAGCCCUUUUUACAUCAGCAGUUGCCAAAAAAUUGUUAUACAGAUAUACCCAGCCUAAACCCCCAAAGAGCAAGCAAUGCAGAAGAAUAGUGGCUAGGAAAAACAACCUAGAAAGAAACCUAGAGAGGAACCAGGCUCCGAGUGGUUGCCAGUACUCUUCUGGCUGUGCCGGGUGUAGGCUUUAAGAGUACAUGGCCAUUAAGGCCAGCUUGUUCUUCAAGAUGUUUAAACGUUCAUAGAUGACCAGCAGGGUCAAAUAAUAACCACAGUGGUUAUAGAGGAUUCAACAGUUCAACAACUCAGGUGAAAUGUCAGUUGGCUUUUCAUAGCCGAGCAUUCAUUCAUUCAGUGAGUGAGUGAGUGAGUGAGUGAGUGAGUGAGUGAGUGAGUGAGUGAGUGAGUGAGUGAGUGAGUGAGUGAGUGAGAGAGAGAGAGAGUCGAAGCAGCAGGUCCGGGACAAGGUAGCACGUCCGGUGAAACAGGUCAGGGUUCCAUAGCCGGAGGCAGAACUGGAUCGGCAGCACGACCGGAAGGACUGGGACAGGGACAGCCAGGAGUCGUCAGGCCAGGUAGUCCGGAGGCAUGGUUCUAUGGUUCAGGUUCUUCCAGGAGAGAGAAAAAGAAAGAGACAGAGGAGAAUUAGAGGGAGCAUGCCUAAGAUCACACAGGACACCAGACAGGACAUGAGAAUUUGAGAUCACACAGACUGACCCUAGCCCCCCGACACAUAGACUAUUGCAGCAUAGAUACUGGGGACUGAGACGGGGGAUCAGGGGACAUUGUUGCCCUGUCCAAAUUUACCCCCGGAAGGGGCCAACUGGGCAGGAUAUAACCCCACCCACUUUGCCAAAGCACAGCCCCCACACCACCAAAGGGAUAUCAACAGACCUAACUUACUACCCUGAGACAAGGCUGAGUAUAGCCCACAAAGAUCUCCCCGAUUUGCACAAGCCUGAGGGGGUACAAAACUGGACAGGAAUAUCACAUCAGUGACUCAACCAGUUCAAGUCGAGUAUAGCGAAAAAAGGCUGGCAUGACGUGAUGUGCCCUUCUAGGGACAAGUUAGCCCUCCAUCCAGCUGCUUGCUUCGAAAGGAGGCCUGUGCAGGGACAUAGCCUGCAAUUUCAGUCUGUUCAGGUGGGAUGACGUUUUUGGUCCACAACAUGACAUCACAAUCUGAUCUGAUUAUUCUGACCAAUGACCAGUCAUCUUUUAUUUGCAUAGGGGUAAGCGGGGUAGGAUCUAGAGCAGAGGUAGGCAACUAGAUUCAGCCACGGGACGAUAUUUGUCAAAGCGGAUGGUACACUGCCAAUUGACCACAAGAGAUUGUAUUUGAAAAUAAAAAUAAUUUCAUACCAUGAUUAUUUAUUUUAUUCAUGAAAAAAUUUGCAGGAUGAAAUCUCUUGAUUCAUCAUUUUGUUAUGCUACAGCCUUAUUCUAAAGUGGAUUAAAUUACUUUUUCCCCCCAUCAACCUACACACAAUACCCCAUAAUGACAAAACAAAAACAGGUUUUUAGAAAUGUUUGGCAAAUUAAAAAAUUACAAAUAAAACUGAAAUACCUUGAGACUUGAAAUUGAGCUCAGGUGCAUCCUGUUUCCAUUGAUCAUCCUUGAGAUGUUUCUAUAACUUGAUGUUUUAGAAAGGCACACAUCUGUGUAAAUAAGGUCCCACAUUUGUCAGAGAAAAAACCAAGCCAUGAGGUCGAAGGAAUUGUCCGUAGAGCACCAAGACAGGAUUGUGUCAAGGCACAGAUCUGGGGAAGGGUAGAAAAAAAUGUCUGCAGCAUUGAAGGUCCCCAAGAACACAGCGGCCUCCAUCAUUCUUAAAUGGAAGAAGUUUGGAACCACCAAGACUCUUCCUAGAGCUGGCCGCCCGGCCAAACUGAGCAAUCGGGGGAGAAGGGCCUUGGUCAGGGAGGUGACCAAGAACCCGAUGGUCACUCUGACAGAGCGAAUCUUCCAGAAGGACAACCAUCUCUGCAGCACUCCACCAAUAAGGCCUUUAUAAUAGAGUGGCCAGACGGAAGCCACUCAGUAAAAGGCACAUGGCAGCCCGCUUGGAGUUUGCCAAAAGGCACCUAAAGGACUCUCAGACCAUGAGAAACAAGAUUCUCUGGUCUGAUGAAACCAAGAUUGAACUCUUUGGCCUGAAUGCCAAGCGUCACGUCUGGAGGAAACCUGGCACCAUCCCUACAGUGAAGUAUGGUGGUGGCAGCAUCAUGCUGUGGGGAUGUUUUUCAGCGGCAGGGAAUGGGAGACUAGUCAGGAUAGACGGAAAGAUGAACGGAGCAAAGUACAGAGAGAUCCUUGAGGAAAACCUGCUCCAGAGAACCUAGGACCUCAGACUGGGGCGAAGGUUCACCUUCCAACAGGACAACGACCCUAAGCACACAGCCAAGACAACGCUCAGAGUGUCUUCGGGACAAGUCUCUGAAUGUCUUUGAGUGGCCCAGCCAGAGCCCGAACUUGAACCUGAUCUAACAUCUCUGGAGAGACCUGAAAAUAGCUGUGCAGCGAUGCUCCCCAUCCAACCUGACAGAGCUUGAGAGGAUCUGCAGAGAAGAAUGGAAGAAACUCCCCAAAUACAGGUGUGCCAAGCUUGUAGCGUCAUACCCAAGAAGACUUGAGUGUAAUCGCUGCCAAAGGUGCUUCAACUAAGUACUGAGUAAAGGGUCUGAAUACUUAUGUAAAUGUGAUAUUACAUUAUUGUUAUCUUUUUUAAAUAAAUUUGCAAAAAUGUCUAAAAACCAGUUUUUGCUUAGUCAUGGGGUAUUGUGUGUAGGUUGAUGAGGAAAAAUAACAAUUUCAUCAAUUUUAGAAUAAGGCUGUAACGUAAGAAAAUGUGGAACAAGUCGAGGGGUCUGAAUACUUUCCGAAUGCACUAUAUAUGGCACAGCUGUCAAUAUUCUGGUCCUUAAAUGAACCUUUUUAUUUAUCACAAUCUUCUUUAACCAAUUUUGGUCUUGCAGGGCCGACAGACAAGUUCCUUACUUUCUCCCCCUUCCACUUGCCUCUUCCAUUUUUGUGGUAAUGCUGGAAUUAGUUUAUUCUUUGCCGUGUACCAAACAGCAUGGAAUAGGACUUUGUUUGAUUUAAAACAAAAUAUUUGCUAGAAACCAUUUUUGUAAACGUUAAAAUCAACUUGGAGAGUUUCUUGUAUCUGCAAAAUAUUUUAACCUGAUAUAUAGAGCAUUGUAUCAUCAGUGUCUAAGUGAACAUGUGUAUUCUGACAAAUUGGAGGCAAUUCAUUUAUGAAUAUAGAGAAAAGAAUACUGAACCUUGAGGUACUCCUCUACUGAGUCAAAGAAGAUGUGAUUUGUGUCCUUAUAUGAAACACAUAUUUUUCUAUUGCUAAAAUAUGCAUGGAACCAGUUUGGUGAUCUAUUAGUGAAACCAAUGUUUUGAAGUUUUCCUAGUAUGAUAGAAUGUUCAGCUAAAUCAAAUGCUUUUGAUAAAUCAAUAAAGAUGACAAAAUCUUUGGCAAAAUUAGAGUAUACCCACCUAUCCAGGCACCACUCCACUGCAUAGGGCUGAUGGAAAGACAGCAGUCACACAGCAUGAUGUUAAAGGAUAAGCAGUCCAUAAACUCGGACAUAAUAAGCCAGUAGGUACCAAUCAUAAGAAUACAAAAACACAACCAUUAAGCAUUUCCCAAUCGAAAUGUACAACAUUUCACGUUUAGCACAUAAAGUAACCAGUGACCUAAAGUUUAAAGUGGAACUGACAGCGUUUUAACUACUUUGCAGAUAUGAAACAAACAGACAAUCAUGAUAUCAAUCAAAAAUAUCAAAUUCCCAAUUUAUGCUACAAAACCACCUUUAUAAGAGGUUUUAAAAAUAGGUUAUAUUUGAUUCCAUGUUCCAUGACGUACACUAAGGAAUUGUUGGCAGAGUAGAUGGAUGCAGUUCAACGCAUGAUUAAUAUAAUUCAAUAGUCCAAAAAAUAUUGCUAUCAGGUUGUAAAUCACAGCUGGCCUGGUACAUUGUUAGCUGCCCCCAUUCGGGAUGCACUGUUUCAGUUUCAAUUAUACAAUAUUCUGGACAAAAACGGAUGAAUGUAACUAAGGCUGGGAAUGUCAAUAAAAUCAAACUAGCAAGGGCAAUGAUCACAAGUGAGUGACUGACUUUUUCCCUUCAUAUCUUUUUUCGGUGGCUAUACACAGCUAGAGAUGCAGGUGUAAUUUGGUUAGCUAGCAAGAACUUAAACAACUGUUAUCCAGUUAGCAUAUCUCUUGCGUUCGCAAUUUCACUCUGGCUAUCUACUCCAAUUUCAGAGCACUCUCGUCUAAAUGUGCCAGAGCGCAGAACAACUGAUGAAUUUACGAAUACGCAACACCCGCUGAAUAUGACCAGUGUCAGUAAACGUAGGCAAAAAAAAUUAUAGUUAGUCAAGAAUGCUCUAGAUAACAUGUAAACAGCCCAACCAGCUCUGUUAGGGCGAGUAAAAUGGUCAGUGAGGUGUUCUCUCAUUUGUGUCUGGAAGUAGCUAGCUAGCAAGCUAGCCAACUUUAGCCAGUUAGCUUGGGUGCUUGAUUGGGACAAGCAUACAUUGGCAGGCAAGCUGCAGAAGGACGAGGAGCUACAAUUCCCCAUCGUUUAUCAGUGCAAUUUUGAUGGCCAACUGGCUGAAAAAGUUUGAGAGGGUUUAUCCAAUGUUCCUUUGUUAGAUUUUAGCUCAUCUUGCUCUGGCUAGCAUUAGUUGUUGAUCUUGUUGUUGUUGAUGUGCAGAGCCUACCUUUUCAUGGUUGUUUGUUCAAUAGGACUGUAAAGUUCCCAAAUGUAAGAGGACUCCCGUGGUGUUGACAUAUUUGCAGAAAUCCAUUCAGGUGUAUUUUUUUGGCUUUUGGCGAAUGCGUUCUAAUGAUCUAAAGUUGCGCUGUUGCAACUGCCUGUAAACACACAGUCAAGUUCAAAGUGAAUGAUGGCAGGCCCGUGUGGCAAAUGGCUUGUUUGUAUGAAGGCCUACUGUAGCUCUGAUUGGCUAUAGAGCACAGGUCUGUGUAGACUCCGGUCCUGGACAAGACAUAUGUUAGUAUUCGGUUUUAUUGAUUGCAGUGUCUAUUAAUUGUCGAAAUGCAUGGCCGCUUUCCCACUCUAUAUUGCUAUAACAUUUUCACAAAUGCCUUAGCAUACAUAAUUCUCAAACAUUCUAAGAAUUUGUGAAAAUUUGAAAAUGACCAUAUCUAAGUGGUCGCUUGUCAGAAAUGUUUUUUUUAAAAGUGUAAUAUUCUUCCUGGGGGUGUAUAUGAACAGAUUUUAAUAAGAUUUCAUGUUGCUAAAAUGUUGUCAGUUCCACUUUAAAUGCAACAAUGUUUCAUACACAUAAGUUCGUUUCAAAGAGAUGGCUAACAACAGCAAGCAUGCUGCAGUAAAAAACACAGUUCCACUCACCAGAUGAUGAUCAUUUGAAACUUAACUUCUUGUUGAAAGUUAUUCAUGAAAAGGGAGAAGCUAACAAAUUAGCAACAAUAUCCUCUUUGAUAACUCCUGCUGCAGCCACUGCAAACUAGCCGACAACUAAAGCUAGCUAGCUAGACCAUGGGAAAACUACUGCUCGCUAUUGCGCAGUGAUCUGUUGGCCUUCAAGAAGGCAGAAGUUUCCAUAAGUUUUGUAAAAACGGUCCCACCCAUUAAGUCAAAAUGUGAUUGGUUGAUUCCACUGUCACUCCCAAAUGUUGCCCUAAUGACAGAUGCCUUUAUCUAGCUUCUGAUGGCCUAGCCAAUGGCUGACAUAGUUAGCUAGAUUUAUCUCCCCAGAGACCAGCAAAGAAAAAUCCUGAUUUUAUAUUAUUUUGUCUUCAGUGUUAACCCUUUCCUUUCCAACAAAAACUGAAGAGAUUAAAUCAGAACAUCAUUGAAAAUAAUAGUAUAAUAAUAAUAAUAAUAAUAAUAUUAUUAUAAUAAUUAUUUUAGAAAUCCUUAGCCCUUCUCUGAAGGCAUAGAAGGCCCUUUGUUCCCCACUUUGUUUGGGUUAGUAAUAAUUUGUAGAGUGGCUCUAUUUUCCCUCAGUAUGCAUUUUUUCCCUAUUCUGAAUGUCUAAAGAAUCCAUAUGUUGUUCUGAAAGAUGAAUACAGAAAUACCGGACAUUUUGAACUCUUAUUAUAGUGGUGAUUUGGCAACAUUACAAUCAUUGUCUUGAAUUGGACUCGCAUUUUUCUGGUCUCGGUCUUAUCUCGAUCUCGGACCCCUUGGCCCCCUCCCGGUCUCGAUCUUGACACGAAAUGUACAGCUGUAUAUCACCCUCAUAGCAGUGAAAGUUGACAUUGUGCUUCCAAAUGACAUCAUAAGAGGUAGCGUAUAUAGUGAAAACAAUAGUGGUCCUAGAAUGGAACCUUGAAAAACACAGAAACGUACCUUUGAUUACAAACUAUACACAAACACUAACCGAUACCUUUACGACAGAUAAUAUCUAAACCAGGCAAGAACUGAAGUCAAAGGACACAGCUGUGGUGUUUGAAACUCCUGUGUUGAUUUUAAUUUCCAGGUUCUUCUUUACAUACCUGCUGCCUCACAGUGCCCCACCCACUCUAAGACCCCUACUGGACAAGAUAGUCAACUCCACAGGUGAGUGCCCACUGGAGACAGACGUCAGUUCAACGUCACAUUUUUUAUAUACAUUUCAUUGAGUUGUCAACUAACUUGAAUUCGAAGUGAAUCAACAAAACUUUGAACCAUGUCACUGGAUUUAGGUUAAAAGUUGGUUGAAAAAGAGACAGAAAAUCCUGAAACGUCUGUAUGUUGAUGACUUUUUGCAAAUCCAAUCAGUUUCCCACAUUGAUUCAAUGUCAUAAAAUGUUGUUGAAAUUAUGUUGAAACAACGUUGAUUCAACCAGGUUGUGCCCAGUGGGUGUGUGUUCUCUCUCUCUGCUUCUCACUAGUUACUGUUUGGCUAAGAUAUGAAGCUACUAGCUACCACUAUACUUAGACUGGCUCAGUGCUAUCCAUGUUUUAUAUGCCUGAGCUGGAUCUCUCUCUCUCUCUCUCUCUCUCUCUCUCUCUCUCUCUCUCUCUCUCUCUCUCUCUCUCUCUCUCUCUCUCUCUCUCUCUCUCUCUCUCUCUCUCUCUCUCUCUCUCUCUCUCUCUCUUCCAUUCUUCCCUUUUGCUCUCUCUUUCUUCUUCCUUGCUCCUCUCCCACCUAUCUGGCUUCUCAUCAGAGUGAUGGUAUGUCAGCUGGGUGUUUGAGAUCUGUUUUACUGGGACACAACAGGCUGUGAAGAUGCGAGCCGCGUGGGCGGGCGGUGUGUGUGUCUGUGUAUGAGUGUAUGCACAUCUGUGUCUGUGUGUGUGUGUUUGUGCGUGUGUGUAUGAACUGGGGGAUGGGUCAGGUGAUCCUAUCUCUCCCAGUCAGACAGAGAGCUUAACGACCUCCGAUCAGCGUCUACUAUAAGGAUAGCAAACACAGACACUGUCCCAUGUCCCUUGAUCCAUGUUCAAAGACUGAGCUGGGCCUGUUUUGUCUGUGCUAUUGUACACCAUUUUUGUUCCUCACAGAUUUGGUUGAAUGGUAUGCUUUAAUGUCGGUAAAAUAAUAAGUCAUAACCUUUGUUAUGUGGAAUUGUGUUUGAAGGUGUGGAGUUUAAACUGAAUGUUACUUCCUGUGUUGGUUUCAGGAGAGCUGAUAUGGGGGAUAGAUGAGACGCUGCUUCAGUUGGAGAAAGUGUUGCACCUGUACAGAAAUGGAUUUUACCUUCAGAACAGCACACAGACACACAGAACAGGUAAAUAUGCACACACACACAGGUUCGGGUUAGGGUUAGGGUUAGGGUUAGGGUUAGGUUAAGGGUUAGGGUUAGGGAAUCAAAUGUUUGGUCCCCACAAGGAUAGUAAAACAGACAUGUGUGUGUGUAGGUGGGGGCCCAGGGGAGUGAGGUGGGGAGAGAGAGCUAUGUUCAGAAAUACUACGGACAAAUAAUAGUAAUGAGAUAAAAUAUAUUAAAAUGUAUAUAACGGGAGGGAACUCAGUGGGGGAUGGGAGAGACUGACAUGUCUACUAAGCUGAGGGUGCAUUGGGAGGAGAGAGGUGAGUGUGAGCUCUCUCUCUCUCUCUCUCUCCCGCUCAGGCCGUCUCCUUCUCAUCUCUGCUUGACAGCUUUCCGUCUCUAUCAAUUCACCUUUUUCCAUUCCUCUAUCGGGAGGAUUCUGUUUUCGCUGUCUUACAUUCACUUGGUGCCCCUUGCUCAUCUUCUUUUACUUUCACAUGUUCUUUCUCUCUCCAUUCCUGCCCUCCCUCAGUGUCUCCUCGCCUCGCUCCAUUGGCAGUGUAAAGUAGACCCAGACAGUUGUUGACCGACGAGUGCUCACAGCCCAAGGGCCAAACACUGUGUCUGCUUAACCCUUUACAAAGACACUGCUGCUCCAGUAGGCCUCUCACUCUCCACUCUCCACCCUGAACUCCUCUCUCACUGACACAGAACAACACUAUCACACAGGAACACUGGUAGGGUCUUUCUAGUGUUCGCCCAUGCAGGGCUUCCCUGUGGAAUGUGGCCUUGCAUCAUGUGCUUUUUAUGCAAUUACACACCAGUGCAUGCUUAUUCCCUUGCUCACUCCUUCCCUUCAGCCCCCUCUUCCUCCCCUGCUCUCCUUGUUCUCUCUCCCCAUCAUGCCAUUUCUAGGAGCUUUUAAGUCCUGCAUUUAGAGAAAGCGAGUGCUCCAUAAAGCAUUAAUUACAGUCAUAAAGCGUCUAAUAGUUGUAGUUAUUUACUACCCGGAGCACGGCUGUCUGUUGCCACGCAUACAGGGGGGACGGCGCAUGUGUGUGUGGGCGUGUGUGUGUGCAUGCAUGCGUGUGUGUGCAUACCUCCACAUAGUAAAUCGUGAAAAGGUCGUCCACAGAGACGUUCUGUCCUGCUCCCCUCCUGCCAUCUUUCUUCCUCUUCUAACAGACGUGUAAACCCUCCCUGUAAAUCACCAGGAGUACUCCUGGCCCAGCCAGGCAUGACACUGAUAUAUACGGUAUAGAGAGAAAGGGUGGAAGACAGAGAGACAUUGAGGGGGAGAGAGAGAGCGACAGAGAGACAGAGAAAGAAAGACAGAAAGCAGUGUUGUGAUGUCUAUUCCGUAUUCCAACACUAGAAAGAGUAGUCGGGAAAAUUGAAAAGUACUAGAUUCCAAGAUGGAGAAAGAGAAAGAGAAUAAGUAACAGAGAAAGAGAGAAACUGACUCAAUGAUUCACGGGCUGGGAGGCUUUUAAAGGAGGGGGGGGGGGUGACUUGCUUUGAAGCUGCCCUCCUCUUCUCUUCUCAUUGUCACAGUCCUGUGAAGCUUAGUUAAACCCACAGACCAUAGGAAAACUGGAUCCUGAUUGUGUAGGGGAAGUACAGAUGCUCACACUGCUUCAUGUACAUGGUAUAUAAAUACUGUGUCAGUUAAAAACACAACAUACUAGGCUACUGAAAUAUCUCUUUCUUUGCUGAUUCGUGGAGCACAUGCUAACCAGUACACACAUAUGCUCAUUAUCAUGCACAUACAGUACCAGUCAAAAGUUUGGACACACCUACUCAUUCAAGGUUUUUCUUUAAUUUUUACUAAAUUAUUUUCUACAUUGUAGAAUAAUAGUGAACACAUCAAAACUAUUAAUUAAUACAUAUGGAAUUGUAGUAACCAAAGAAGUGUUAAACAAAUCAAAAUCUAUUUUAGAUUUUAGAUUCUUCAAAGUAGCCACCCUUUGCCUUAAUGACAGCUUUGCACACUCUUGGCAUUCUCUCAACCAGCUUCACCUGGAAUGCUUUUCCAACAGUCUUGAAGGAGUUCCCACAUAUGCUGAGCACUUGUUGGCUGCUUUUCCUUCACUCUCUGGUCCAACUCAUCCCUAACCAUCUCAAUUGGGUUGAGGUUGGGUGAUUGUGGAGGCCAGGUCAUCUGAUACAGCACACUAUCACUCUUCUUCUUGGUCAAAUAGCCCUUACACAGCCUGGAGGUGUGUUGGGUCAUUGUCGUGUUGAAAAACAAAUCAUAGUCCCACUAAGCGCAAACCAGAAUGGAUGGCGUAUCGCUGCAGAAUGCUGUGAUAGCCAUGCUGGUUAAGUGUGCCUUGAAUUCUAAAUAAAUCACUGACAGUGUCACCACUAAAGCACCCCCACACCAUCACACCUCCUCCUCCUCCAUGCUUCACGGUGGGAACCACACAUGUGGAGAUCAUCCGUUCACCUACUCUACGUCUCACAAAGACACGGCGGUUGGAACAAAAAAUCUCUAAUUUGGACUCAUCAGACCAAAGAACAGAAUUUCCACCGGUCUAAAGUCCAUUGCUCGUGUCUCUUGGCCGAAGUAAGUCUCUUCUUCUUAUUGGUGUCCUUUAGUAGUGGUUUCUUUGCAGCAAUUCGACCAUGAAGGCCUGAUUCACGCAGUCUUCUCUGAACAGUUGAUGUUGAGAUGUGUCUGUUACUUGAACUCUGUGAAGCAUUUAUUUGGGCUGCAAUUUCUGAGGCUGGUAACUCCGAUGGACGUAUCUUCUGCAGUAGAGGUAACUCUGGGUCUUCCUUUCCUGUGGCGGUCCUCAUGAGAGCCAAUUUCAUCAUAGCGCUUGAUGGUUUUUGCGACUACACUUGAAAAAACUUUUCCAGAUUGACUGACCUUCAUGUCUUAAAAAGUAAUGAUGGACUGUCAUUUCUCUUUGCUGAUGGACUUGAUAUUUUACCAAAUAGGGCUAUCUUCUGUAUACCACCCCUACCUUGUGUCUCCCGAGUGGCGCAGUGGUCUAAGGCACUGCAUCGCAGUGCUAGCUGUGCCACUAGAGAUCCUGGUUCGAAUCCAGGCUCUGUUGUAGCUGGCCGCGACCGGGAGACCCAUGGGGCGGCGCACAAUUGGCCCAGCGUCGUUGAGGGUAGGGGAGGGAACGGCCGGCAGGGAUGUAGCUCAGUUGGUAGAGCAUGGCGUUUGCAAUGCCAGGGUUGUGGGUUCGAUUCCCAUGGGGGGCCAGUAUAAAAAAAAAAAAAUGUAUGCACUCACUAACUGUAAGUCGCUCUUGAUAAGAGAGUCUGCUAAAUGACUUAAAUGUAAAUGUCACAAUACAACUGAUUGGCUCAAAUGCAUUAAGAAGGAAAACAAUUCCACAAAUUAACUUUUAACAAGGCACACCUGUUAACUGAAAUGCAUUCCAUGUGACUACCUCAUGAACCUGGUUGAGAGAAUGCCAAGAGUGUGCAAAGCUGUCAUCAAGGCAAAGGGUGGCUACUUUGAAGAAUCUCAAAUAUAAAAUAUAUUUUGAUUUGUUUAACACUUUUUUGGUUACUACAUGAUUCCAUAUGUGUUAUUUCAUAGUUUUGAUGUCUUCACUAUUAUUCUACACUGUAGAAAAUCACGUACACACACACACACACACACACACACACACACACACACACACACACACACACACACUCACAGAGACAUCUUGCUGACUGGACUGUGUAGAGUGUGGUUUCUAGUCAGCAGAACCACAGUGUAAUCAGAUGAUGUGUAAUCAGAUGUCACUCUCUGUUCACCCAUGACUGCAUGGCCAGGCACGACUCCAACACCAUCAUUAAGUUUGCCGACGACACAACAGUGGUAGGCCUGAUCACCGACAACGAUGAGACAGCCUAUAGGGAGGAGGUCAGAGAUCUGGCCGUGUGGUGCCAGGACAACAACCUCUCCCUCAACGUGACCAAGACAAAGGAGAUGAUUGUGGACUACAGGAAAAAAAAGAGGACUGAGCACGCCCCCAUUCUCAUCGACGGGGCUGUAGUGGAACAGGUUGAGAGCUUCAAGUUCCUUGGUGUCCACAUCACCAACGAACUAUCAUGGUCCAAACACACCAAGACAGUCGUGAAGAGGGCACGACAAAGCCUAUUCCCCCUCAGGAGACUAAAAAGAUUUGGCAUGGGUCCUCAGAUCCUCAAAAAAUUCUACAGCUGCACCAUCGAGAGCAUCCUGACUGGUUGCAUCACCGCCUGGUAUGGCAACUGCUUGGCCUCUGACCGCAAGGCACUACAGAGGGUAGUGCGUACGGCCCAGUACAUCACUGGGGCAAAGCUCCCUGCCAUCCAGGACCUCUAUACCAGGCGGUGUCAGAGGAAGGCCCUCAAAAUUGUCAAAGACUCCAGUCACCCUAGUCAUAGACUGUUCUCUCUGCUACCGCACGGCAAGCGGUACCGGAGUGCCAAGUCUAGGUCCAAAAGACUUCUCAACAGCUUCUACCCCCAAGCCAUAAGACUCCUGAACAGCUAAUCAUGGCUACCCGGACUAUUUGCACUGCCCCCCCACCCCAUCCUUUUUACGCUGCUGCUACUCUGUUAAGUAUUUAUGCAUAGUCACUUUAACUCUACCCACAUGUACAUAUUACCUCAACUAGCCGGUGCCCCCGCACAUUGACUAUGCAACGGUACCCCCCUGUAUAUAUAGCCUCCCUACUGUCACUUUAUUCUAUUGUAUAUAUAGCCUCCCUACUGUCACUUUAUUUUUUACUUCUGCUCUUUUUUUUCUCAACACUUUUUUGUUGUUGUUUUAUUCUUACUUUUUUGUUUAAAAUAAAUGCACUGUUGGUUAAGGGCUGUAAGUAAGCAUUUCACUGUAAUGUCUGCACCUGUUGUAUUCGGCGCAUGUGACCAAUAAAAUUUGAUUUGAUUUGAUUUAAUCGCAGCGAUUUGAGAUGACACAGAGGAAAACCUCACUAUUAGCAUUUAAAGAUCAGCAUUACAAUGGCCAGUAAUUGUAAUCAUUGUCAGUAAUGUUUCUUACCACUAGAGAAAGUAGCAUAGAACAAAUCUGUGUUUUAUUAGACUUACAGUAAAUACACUGAACAAAAAUAUAAAUGCAACAUGUAAAGUAUUGGUCCCAUGUUUCAUGAGCUGAAAUAACUCACAUUUUGUGAACAAAUUUGUUUACAUCCCUGUUAGUGAGCAUUUCUUCUUUGCCAAGACAAAUUAUCCACCUGACAGGUGUGGCAUAUCAAGAAGCUGAUUAAAUUACACAGGUGCACCUUGUGCUGUGGACAAUAAAAGGACACUCUAAAAUUAGCAGUUUUGUCAAACAACACAAUGCCACAGAUGUCUCAAGGUUGAGGGACUGUGCAAUUGGCAUGCUGACUGCAGGAAUGUCCACCAGAGCUGUUGCCAGAUAAUUUAAUGUUCAUUUCUCUACCAUAAGCCGCCUCCAACAUCAUUUUAGAGAAUUUGGCAGUACGUCCAACCGGCAUCACAACUGCAGACCAUGUGUGUGGCGUUGUGUGGGCGAGCGGUUUGCUGAUGUCAACGUUGUGAACCGAGUGCCCCAUGGUGGCGGUGGGGUUAUGGUAUGGGCAGGCAUAAGCUACGGACAACAAACACAAUAUAUUUUUUCCUAUGGCAAUUUGAAUGCACAGAGAUACCAUGAUAACAUCCUGAGGCCCAUUGUCGUGCCAUUCAUCCGCCGCCAUCACCUUAUAAUUUCAGCAUGAUAAUGUACAGUCCCAUGUCGCAAGGAUCUGCACACAAUUCCUUGAAGCUGAAAAUGUCCCAGUUCUUCCGUGGCCUGCAUACUCACCAGACAUGUCACACAUUGAGCAUGUUUGGGAUACUCUGGAUCUACGUGUACGACAGCGUGUUCCAGUUCCCUCCAAUAUCCAGAAACUUCGCACAGCCAUUGAAGAGGAGUGGGAUAACAUUCCACAGGCCACAAUCAACAGCCUGAUCGAUUCUAUGCAAAGGAGAUGUGUCGCGCUGCAUGAAGCGAAUGGUGGUCACACCAAAUACUGAAUGGUUUUCUGAUUCACGCCCCUACCUUUUUUUAAAGGUAUCUGUGACCAUCAGAUGCAUAUCUGUAUUCCCAGUCAUGUGAAAUACAUAGUUUAGGUCCUAAUAAAUGUAUUUCAAUUGACUGAUUUCCUUAAAUGAACUGUAACUCAGUAAAGUCUUUGAAAAUGUUGCAUGUUGUGUUUAUAUUUUUGUUCAGUAUACAUGAGAAUGACAAUUGCCACACAUCAAUCAAGCUACUCACCAACCAAAACCCCACAUGACCCUAGCAUACUUAAAUCAAGAGCAUGACUGUGUUAUCAUAUACAUGAUUCUGCACAUUGUCAUAUACACUGUUGAAAUUCAAAAGUCUGAUCAUUCAAACUACUUAUUGAUACGUGUAUAUGGUUAGUUGCAACUAAGUUGGGUCGCCAUGCACUCAAGAUUCUAUGUUCCACCUCAGAUCCAGCUAACCAUGUCUGGUCAGGCUUAAUCAGUAAUGUCUGUGGAGUUAUUGUUCAACUUGAGAACACUCUGAGAAAUAAGACUUGCUCUAUUGAGCAUAAAACCCAGGACACAAAACAGGCUAUUCUAUUUUCUACAACAUACAACUAUUGGCUACCAGCAGUAUUUUGAUAUGGGCCUUGGCAAAGCGAACCUAUUUAAUUCUAUUCAUUUCUUUUGUAUUUUAGAUUUUUUUGCUUUUAUUAAAUGUCCGUCAAACACACUCAUAUUUUUAGUGGAUCCUUAGGGGAACCCUGGAUCUGGUUAAAACAAUGUUGAGCAUUUUGUAAUUCCCUCUGUAAUUCGAUUUAAUAAAAGUUAUGUUUCUUUAUUGGCAUGGUAAAUGUACAUUUCAAUUGCAACUGCUUACACUCAAAUUCAACCUAAUGUUUUAAUGAAUCACCUUAUUUUAUUUCAAAGUAAAAAAUAGUUGGAGGGAGAAGUUUGGGGGGGGGUCCAAUUUAAUAUUUAGGAGUGUUAAAAACAGAAAAGACACAAAGAGAGAAGAGAAAACAAGGUAUUCUCACAUAAUAAGCUACCUCAUUACACAUGUGCAGGACCCUCAGUGUAUCUCCCCCAACCAGUGACAAACAUAAUAAUAAUAUGCCAUUUAGCAGACGCUUUUAUCCAAAGCGACUUACAGUCACGUGUGCAUACAUUUUUACGUAUGGGUGGUCCCGGGGAUCGAACCCACUACCCUGGCGUUACAAGCGCCAUGCUCUACCAAUUGAGCUACAGAGGACCACAUGCACACACAUGCACACACACACACACACAUACAUGCACACGCACGCACACACACGCACACACGCGCACACACACACACACCCUUCCUUGCUAACUAAAUUACUUCUCUCCUUGUCUUCUCCAGACUAUAAGCAUGUGGUGGAUGCCUCUAUUCCUGGGGAGAACUACCGCUGCUGGCCAUCCUAUCAGCACGAUGGAUGUCUGCUAUCAGUCUUCAGCAUCACAGAGGCUAUUGGUGUGUGUGAGAGCCAUGCCCAGUGCCAAGCAUUUGUACUGACCAAUCAGACCACCUGGACAGGCAAGAGUUACAUUUACAUUCACAUUUUAGUCAUUUAGCAGACGCUCUUAUCCAGAACGACUUGCAGUUAGUGCGUUCAUCUUAAGAUAGCUAGGUGGGACAACCACAUAUCACAGGCAUAGAAAGUACAUUUUUCCUUAAUAACGUAGCUAUCAGUAGAGUCAGAGCUACAAGGGGGGGUUAUUUAUUUAUUAUUCGAGGUGAGGAGGAGGAGGAGGAGGAGGAGGAAUAUUUAAGAUACUGUUUAAAGAAGUAGGGUUUCAGAUGUUUUUGGAAGAUGGGCAGGGACUCUGCUGUCCUAGCUUCAGGGGGAAGCUGGUUCCACCAAUGGGGUGCCAGGACAGAGAAGAGCUUGGACUGGGCUGACCGGGAGCUGCCCUAUUUUAAGGGUGGGAGGGCCAAGAGACCUGAGGUGGCAGAACGGAAUGUUCGGGUUGGGGUGUAGGGUUUGAGUAUAGCCUGAAGGUAGGGAGGGGCAGUUCCUCUUGCUGUUCUGUAGGUAAGCACCAUGGUCUUGUAGUGGAUGCGAGCUUCGAGCGGGGUGACGUGAGGGAACUUGGGAAGGUUGAAAACCAGGCGGGCUGCAGAGUUCUGGAUAAGUUGCAGGGGUUUGAUGGCACAAGCAGGGAGCCCAGCCAACAGCGAGUGAAUGUUUCUUCACGCUACAGCGUUAUCAUUGUAUUGUUGAAGACAAUGUGUGGGGUGCAUUCGUGUGGCUGUCUGUGUGUGUGUGUGUUUGUGUGUCCAUUUGUGUCUGUGGGGUUUGUCCAUAAAGUACCCUGUGUGUGUUUGUGUGUGUGUGUGUGUGUGUGUGUGUGUGUGUGUGUGUGUGUGUGUGUGUGUGGGAGGUAAAGUACCCAGCGUUGUCAGACGUCUCUCUCUCUGAUCAAACAGAGGCAGGGCCUUCAGUAUCGUCGUCUCUCGUCACUAACCCCCUCCUUUCUACUAGGUGUCACUCACGCGCACACACACACACACACUUCAUUAGAGCUCAGUCUGAGGGGAGCACAUCAGCAUGGCAAUCCCUAUUUAUUGAACCAGGCCCGUCUAGACCCACAGCACUUUCACAUUCCUUCUCUUCACUCUUCGUCCUCCUCCUCUCCAGCCAUCAUACAGUAUCUCUCUCUGUCUCUACCUCCUCUACACACCGCAGUUCUUUAUUUUCAGUCUUUCUAUUUUUUAGCAAUUUCUGGUACGAUUGUCAUCGUAUUCAUGCAAUUAACAGAUAAUACAUUGUAGAAGGUAUGCAUAUGCUAGGGUACUUUCAGCUCAUUUAACACAAUGUCUUCCUCUUACGGUCUCUCCUACUUUUCCACUUUUAUUCACAUUUAUUGAUUUUUCUUCUUCUCUGUCCCCAGGUCACCAGCUUGUAUUCUUCAAGACGGGCAGUGCCAGUCUGAGCUCUGCCAAGGGACGGGUCACCUACGUCAGAGUUGGCAGCUGAAUCAACGGAGGGGGAGGAGACUUAACUGCCAAACCUCCCUCUGAUUGGCUAACCUGCUCCUGGGGCAUGCCCUCACGGCUUAGUGAGUCACCCCAUUGGAUGGGUCGGACAGAGGGAGUUGAAGAUGGAUCCUAGACCACACCCUCCAUGGGGCAUAGAGAAGCCUAACCCAAACCAGCUCUCACUGAAGUGCAAUAAUAUCACUAGGAGAACAAUGUUACAAUAUUGCUCUUCAUAUGUGUUCUGCAAAGGAAAAUGUUGGGUUGUGCAAGGCUAUAGCUCAGGGUGUAGUGAGGUUACCCUCCUAGCUAAGAAGGGUGAGAGUGCACGCCUGAGAUUCCCCUCCUGUGCCCCCUAAACUACACUACAUGUUCAAAAGUAUGU